AUGUCUACCGCCGAGACCGCAUCUUUGCCUCUACCCGAAUCUCAACCUGCCCGCCCGGCCAACCGUCCUCGCAACCGUAGACCUCGCGGCGAGAGAAAUCCCAAUCCACCAACCCAGCCGGAUGAGCCUCAAUCAGACGCUUCCAAUCCCGGUCGCAGACGGAGAGGUGGUGGAGGAAGAGGACGCGGUGCUCGCGAUUCUCUUCUUGCUUUGAGACCAUCCUCAGUCGCUCCCUCUACUCAACCACCAUCCAUCGAUCCUUCGAGUGCCGACGUGUCAGCCACAGAGACCACUACUCGCAACCAGAAUUCGCGACGAGGCAGAGGCGCCGCACGGGGUGGAAGAGGAGGAGCAAGAGGUGGCAGGGCAGGAGAAAACAGAACUGUCAAUGGCAGAGCCUUUGGUGGCCAACUUACCUCGGAUGGCGAAUUGCAGGCCGAUGCUACCACCUUUGUUCCUGGACAACCUAUCCUCACCCAGGGUGCCACUUCACAACAAACCCAACCUCGUUCGCAACGGCGCCGCCUUUCCAAAUCUACCGCUCCCGACAUUGCCACCCGUACACACCACGAUAUUGACAAUGGUCACUACGAAUGCCCCAUUUGCACCAGCGAAGUCCUUCGCAAUUCGAAAGUAUGGUCUUGUCAUACUUGCUGGACUGUCUUCCACAUGUCUUGUGUCAAGAAGUGGUCUCAGAACCAAGGAUCUGCCGCUGCUCAGCAACAGGGUCGAGAGAACGGCGAAAUCCCACCUCCUCGCCAAUGGAGGUGCCCUGGAUGCAACCUUCCGAAAGACACUCUACCCAAGACAUACACUUGUUGGUGUGAGAAGGAAGUCGAACCGCGUGCAGUCACUGGUCUGCCCCCUCACUCUUGCGGAAACACCUGUGGCAGAGAGCGAGUCCGCAAAUGCCCCCACCCCUGUCAAUUGACCUGUCACGCCGGCCCUUGUCCACCGUGUACCCACAUGGGCCCUACACAGACUUGUUUCUGCGGCAAGCACGAAUCAAACCGCCGAUGUACCGAUACCGACUAUGAGAAUGGCUGGAGUUGCGGUGAGGUUUGUGGUGACCUCAUGCCUUGUGGAGAGCACGAGUGCCCUAGACCUUGCCACGAGGGUCUUUGCGGAGCUUGCGAAGUGCGUGUCGAUGCUCGUUGCUACUGUGGUCAGGUCGAGAAAGCUUUGCUAUGCGCUGACCGUGGUGAUGAAAUCGCAAGCCACAAAAAGCAUGUUGCUGAGGACGGCCAAGAAGUUGUCGAAGAGUGGAAUGGCAUGUUCGCUUGCGCCAAUUCCUGUGAUCGCGCCUUCGAUUGUGGCAUUCACCAUUGCCAGAAGCCUUGCCAUCAUCAAGAGACCGACCCCGGCCACUGCCCCCGUUCUCCUGAUGUCGUAACGCACUGCCCAUGCGGCAAAACUAAACUCUCGGAUAUCUCGCCUGAAGCUCGCACUUCUUGCGAAGAUCCUAUCGCAAAUUGCAAGAAGCCAUGCAUGAAGAAGCUUCCCUGUGGACACCCUUGCGAACAGUUGUGUCAUUCUGGCGCUUGCAUGCCUUGUCUGAAGGCUGUUUCCAUCAGCUGUCGUUGUGGCAGGACAACUUCAACCACCAUCUGCCAUCAAGGCAAGAUCGAGCCUCCUCAAUGUAUGAGAGUUUGCAGAGCCACCCUCAACUGUGGUCGUCAUGCUUGUGAUGAACGCUGUUGCGAGGGCGAGCGAAAGGCUGCUGAACGACAAGCCAUUAAGCGCAAGGGUCGCAAACUCGAGGAGGCUCACAUCCGACCUAUAGAUGAUGGGUUUGAGGCUGAACACAUUUGCACUCGGCCUUGUGGUAGACCUCUCAAAUGCGGAAACCACUUCUGCGAAGACCUCUGCCACAAGGGUCCUUGCGGAUCUUGUCGAGAGGCCAUCUUUGACGAAAUCAACUGCAAUUGCGGUCGUACCGUCCUGACGCCUCCCCUUCCUUGCGGUACCCAGCCUCCGCCUUGCCGCUUUCAGUGCAAUCGCCCCAAGACGUGUGGUCAUCCUCAAGUCCAGCACAAUUGCCACAUGAACAAUGAGAGCUGUCCAAGAUGUCCUUUCUUGGUUGAGAAGCGCUGCAUGUGCGGCAAGAAGAGUCUCAAAAACCAGCAAUGCUGGCUGAAGGACGUUAGCUGUGGACAGAUUUGUGGCCGAAAGCUCAAGUGUGGCUCCCAUUUCUGUACCAAGCCUUGCCACCGUGAGGGCGACUGUGAAGAUGCUGGAGGUCGGCCUUGUCAGCAGCCUUGUGGAAAGCCCAAGAAGGCGUGUGAUCACCCUGACGAAGCCAUUUGUCACGCCCCCACUGCAUGCAAAGAGGACAAGGCUUGCACCCACAAGAUCUUCAUUACUUGUGAGUGUCAGGCUCAGAAGCAGGAAAUGAGAUGCAAUGCGUCCAAGACCAGCGAAGGCAAUCUCACAAAGUCUCUGCCUUGCAACGAAGAGUGUGCCAGACUGGAGCGCAAUCGCAAAUUGGCGCUCGCGCUCAACAUUGAUCAAGAAGCACAUGUUGAAGGUGGUGACCAUGUCCCCUUCUCCAACGAGACUCUCAACCUCUAUGCAGCUCACCCUACUUGGGCAACAAACCAAGAGCGCGAGUUCCGUGUAUUUGCAGCUGCAGAUGAUGAGAAGAGGUUGAGAUUCAAGCCCAUGACAGCUACUCAGCGAGCCUUCAUCCAUCAUCUCGCUGAAGAUUUUGGUCUUGACUCGGAAAGCAUGGAUCCUGAACCUCAUCGCCAUGUUGCCAUCUUCAAGACACCCCGUUUCGUCCGAUCGCCACCCAAGACGUUGAAGGAGAGUGCGCGCAUCAGAAAUGCUCAGCGUGUGGCAUCCGGCAAAGCGGUUGCCAGCAGCGAAGCAUCAGCGAACCAAGUACGUGCUAACGAAGUUGGUGAGCCUUUCAACAGCUUUGUCAUCGUGCGUCCCCGCUUCGGUCUCAUUAUUGAGGAAGUCAGGACAGAGUUGGCAUCUUUCGCUCUUCCCGUGCAAUUCGACGUCGAAUUCUUACCCAACGAGGAGGUCAUCAUCAAGGCCAUUAGUCGUACUCUUGAUGAGCAGGCACUUGACCAGACGCUCAAGAACGCCAAGGCUCCCAUUGCUACUGCCAUUGCAGCGAAGAGCCUGGGUACCCUUCAACUUUGUCGUACAGACUCCUCGCUCAACAUCACUCGUCGCGAGACUGAAGGCGGUGUCAGUGAUGGUUGGUCCCGUGUUGCCGCGAAGAGUGCGGCAUCACGUCGUCCUCUAGUUACGACAGCAUCUUCCAACAACAACCUGUUCUCUGCUCUUGCUGGUGGGAACAAGGUUACCUUUGCCAAGAAGAAGGAGAAGAAGCCGGUCGUACCCGUAGAGCCUGUUGUCGAUGAUUGGGAAGCGGCAGAGAUUGCAGAGGAAGAGAAGGAGAAGUUGGUCAGUGGUCACAACAGUGGUGCAGAGGAUGAGACGCCAAAGGUUGAGGACAAUGAUGUUGCUGAGGUUGGAUCGCUUGAGGCUGCGAAUGGCAGUGGUGAGGCCGAGGCUGAAGCUCCUGCAGUGGAGACUGUGUCCGAGGUAGCGCCAGUCAUUGACAACGCACACAGUGAGGUAGUUGUGACAGAGCCAGCGGUCGUCGAUUCUCUAGCUGAGCCUGAACGGGUCAAGGAAGCAGAGACAGCAUAG